GUAAGUUCGCUUACCUGUACAAAUCAGCAGCCAAGUAACUGGUGAAAGCAACCGUACAAAAACAAAACUUUGACGCGAAUAUCGAAUACACAACGCGUAUGUAGCUACAGAGCGACGGUUGGCUCAAGGCUGGUUAACAACUGAAUUGAAUGCAGUCAAGCCACGCCGCGCGCCGUGCGCCUGUCCUACCAUUCGCUUGCUUAGUGCGAAAGAGACUGCAACAACUGAGGGAGAUGGAAUAUAAAACUUCUCAGCUAUGAAGCCAACUGUCAGCAUUCUCUGUGCACUAAUCAUUCUACGCAGAGUAUUUUACGUCUAUCCUAUUAAAAUACUUUUUCGCACAUAACUAAGCAAAAGAUGAUUACAGCAGAAAGUAAACAGGGCAUUUUGAGAGGCGUUAUUGAACAUAGCAACAAUGUCAAAUACGUUGCUUUUAAAGGAAUACCUUACGCGAAACCCCCGCUUGGUAUAUUAAGAUUCAAGGCUCCCGAACCACCAGAAUCCUGGCAAGGCAUAAGGGACGCAUCGAAACAUGGACCGGUAUGCCCCCAAUAUAACGAACGACUACAGCGUUUUGAAACGGGCGACGAAGAUUGUCUGUACCUCAAUGUUUAUACUAAAACACUUUCACCAUCACGUCCUUUGCCCGUCAUGGUAUGGAUUCAUGGUGGUGCUUUCUAUACUGGCUCUGGAAAUUCGGAUUAUUACGGACCAGAAUUUUUCAUGAGACACGAAAUGAUUCUCGUGACAUUUAAUUACAGAUUAGAAGUCCUAGGUUUCCUGUGUCUCGAUAAUGAAGAGGUACCUGGAAAUGCAGGUUUAAAAGACCAAGUCGCUGCGUUAAAAUGGAUAAAGAAUAACAUAGCCGCAUUUGGGGGAGACCCUGAAAAUAUUACAAUUUUCGGCUGCAGUGCUGGGGCUGCAUCUACGUCUUAUCAUUUAAUAUCAAAAAUGAGUCAGGGUUUAUUUAAUAAGGCCAUAUGCCAGAGUGGUGUUUGUCUUAACGAGUGGUCAUACAGUCUAAACGGCAUAGACCGGGCAUUUCAAUUAGGAAAGAUGUUGGGUAACGACACAAAAGAUCGCAAUGAAUUGCUACAAUUUUUAAGAACUGUACCAGUACAAUCUUUAGUUAAUAUAAAAUUACCUGCGCAAGAUCAUGGUAUUAAAGAUAUAGUAGACAGUAUUAUAUUUGCUCCUGUGAUUGAAAAUUCAAAUUUAGGAGUUCAAAACUUUAUAACCGACGAGCCACCGGUGUUGGUAAAACAAGGGCGCAUUUCUAAAGUACCCAUUAUUUUAGGGUAUACAUCGGCCGAAGGAAUAGAGAUUGGAAGAAGUUUUCCAGGAACAUUAAAUUUUCUAUUAAAACCAGGUGUCGUAGUCCCAAGAGAACUAAAAUUUAAAUUAAAUAAAGAGAAACUGGAAGACGCAGAUCGGAAGAUUCGCGAAUUCUACUUUAAGGGCAUAGAUUUAAAUAAAAAUAUGCUUCAAGAAGUGAUUGCUCUUGAAACGGACAGAUUAUUUGCUUACAAUAUUCUUAGAUUUGGGCGUUAUCACGAUCAUUACACAGGUAUGCCCGUCUUUAUAUACAAAUUUAGUGCCGAAACAGAAAGAAACUAUACGAAGAAAGUAUACAAAAUGGAUUCAAUAUCCGGUGUUUGUCACGCGGAUGAUUUGCCCUACUUUUUUAACGUAACCUGUUUAGAUAUUCCGCUGACAGAAGAAUCGAAGGAUAUAAUAGAACAAGUAGUCCAGUUAUGGUUUCAGUUUGCUGCCACUGGGAAUCCAACUACGUCACACAAGUCAAUAGAAUGGAAACCAUUUACUAAUAAAAAAAGGAACUAUCUUAAUAUCGGUCGAGAGCUGAAGUGUGAUGUAAAUAUUGAUGCUGAAAAUAUAGAUUUUUGGGAUGGAAUUUAUGCUGACAAUGAUCAAAUUAUCAUGGAAGCUGGAGAGGAAAUCUUAAACGACACUCUGAAGACGAAUACGAAUGUAUAACUAAUUAAAUAUUUGAAUAUC